AUGUCUUCUGAAGAUUGUAGUAAGUCAUCAAGCUCUCAGGUGCCUUCGUAUUUGUGGGGAGGCUCCCAAGUGUACAGCAAAAGGUUCGUGGCUAACCUGUACCACCUUACAAUUGAAGCUCAGUUCCAAAAGUGGCGGGCUGCUUAUGCUUCUGCCAUUCCAUAUGAAGUGCAUGUCGAGCAAGCGAAGCCUCGAACUGACGACGUGCCUUGUGUGGAUGCGAAUGAUCCUGAUGCUAGGAUCAUCACCUUCCGUCCUUUUUAUUUUUCCUUGGGCUUCACAUUUCCGUUGUCAAAGCUUUUCAAGGAGGUGUUCUGCGCCAUGAAGUGUGCUCCAAGUCAGUGUACUCCGAACGUUUACCAAGCGAUCAUGUGUUUUGAAAACCUGAGUCGUUUCUUUAAGCUGGAGCUGACGGUGAGAGAGUUCUUCAACUUUUUCUAA